AUGGGUCGCAAAGUCAGGAGGACUGGUGGCUCGUCGAUCUCUACAGCUCAGGUAAGAGUGUUGUCCUCUUGUCCACCACCGGUUGUUGAGCGGCACACAGACGCGCCCACAGCUACCUUGGCUCAGAUCCGUCAGUUCUACAGCCGACAUGCGCCUCUGUGCGACGGGGAGAAGUUCCUGCACAUCCGGUUCUUCGAAUGCCAAAAGGACUACGCGGUCGCCUCACGGUGGACGAGGCUGCUGGGAGCCAAGGCGAAGACCCUGCGUCAAGUUGUGCGCAGCGAGUGGCUGCGCGACUGCCUCGAGAAGCUAGAGCCGUUCCGCGCUCUAUGGGCAGGCUUUCAGCUCGGCUCGUUUCCGCUCAUCCUCAGCUGGCGGUGCAGACAGGAGGUCGAAUACUACCUCAGCCAGAUGUACGAGAUCUGGAAUGCGAUCACAGGCGGCGACGCUCAUCUCUGUGACGAGUACACUGUCGAGAAGCUCGGUGGUCUUGCGCCUCUGUGGAGUUCUCGCGACCGCUCGAAGAUCGAAACCUGGUUCGCCACACGUCAGAUCUUUCCCCGCGCACGUGAUCCUGGGGUACGCGCUCAGAUCCUCGAAAGGGUCCUUGCUGUCCAGGGGCUUAUCCUUACUUUCCAGACCUUCUUCAAGCAUGUCAAGAUACUCGGACCUGUGAUGCUUCCUUUGAGAGCGCUGUUCUCAGCAGGCGAGCUGUGUCCUCCGAGAGACGAGUUCAGCGCAGUGCCCAGACGCUUUCCCUCGGUGAGAGACAUCCUGCUGCAGCAUCGGCACGAGCAGCCUGCGUACAACGACCGACAGUGUCUACUGCAAUACAGCGAACACGACGAGCACUUCUUUGAGUGUAGCAACCCCGGCCUGUACGCGUACUGGCAGCUCUGCCUCUAUCUGCUCCGCCACGCACACGACCCGUGGAAGCGUCCAAAGGAAACAUGCGACCAGGCAGCGUCGUCGGAGCGUCCUGGGUGGGUGAUUCGGCUCGGCCAGUUUGCGCACAGGCUUGGAUUUGAGUCUGACCAGAUCUCGUCCCUCUGCAGUCAAGAUCCCGACCUUUCGCAGAUCCGCAUGCACAUGCUCGAAGAACGGCCCAGCGUCCUCUUCUCGGCACCUGUCGACAGGUUCAACGCAGAAGCUGACUCGCGCCAAAAAGGCUAG